AUGCUCGUUCACGGUUGCAAGGUUCUGGACGGUGCCAGGUUGUGCAGCAUUGACCUUCAUGACGGCUUGAGUGCAGUGGCGUUUGAUUUGUUCGGUGGUUCUGGCCAACAUCAAUCCAUUGUGGCUCGCGCAGAGGCCUUGGAUGUGGACCGCUACCAGCUGUGCAAUGACACGAGGCUGCUGGGCGCCGCAUUACUUCUUUCAGAUCUGAUGGCCAGGAAAUCUCUCGAAGAGAGGAUCGCGAGCCUCCAGUCUGACAAAUACGAAUUAGUUUUUUACGCAGAGUACGAUCGGUAUGAUGAGUCAACGAUGCCCGUGACAGUCAGCAAGCCCUCGGAAGCUGAUGACCUCGCGAGAGACUCUGGCAUGGAGGUGGCGUGUCCCCAGGCCGUGUUGGUGAAGGCGUUAUCCACGGGCCGACGUUCUUUGAAGGACAGUGGCAGGGCCAAGAUUGUGCAGGCCAGUGUCGGGUUCGGCAUGGUCGUGAGGAAGUUGGCCACGCACGCUGGCGGGGGCGACCAGUAUUUCUCCAUCGUCGGCGACACCAUCACGUCUUUGCAGACGUGCGACAGAACGACGGCCGAAGUGCUCAAGCAUCUGGCUUUGUCUCCGUCUGGCGCCUCAUUGGGCGCGAAGCGGUUCAAGGUGAAGGCCCGCGUGGUCAGCAUCGACCACUACGCUGCCAACCUCAAGGCAGAGCGGUCCAUCAAGGCAGAUUUGGAAUGGUUAUCUUUGGUCAUCGGUUGCGAGGCACACAGCGUGAGCACGAUUCACACUAGGGUGAUGGAUCUCUUUACUUUCGAUGUGAGUGGAGCGUUGCACGUUUCGCUGGCUGUGGAGUUGGCUGGCAUGAUGGACAAGUUCCGCGCGUCUCUGAGAGCAGUCAUUAUAGAGAGACUUGUGUGGCCACCCUUGCGAGGCCGUCCAAGCGCCGAUGCUGAGCGCCACCGCCUCCGCUGCAUACAUGCCUUGACCGUCGGCUUUUCCAAGGCAUCAAAGCUGCAGCAGCAAGCGUUGCUUAGGAGCAUGCCGCUCGGUGAUUGGAGGAAGCGCGAUGUAGUGGAGGUGUACCUGACGGGCCUCGUGGGCGAGCUCCCGUCGAAGGCGGUGCUCGCCAAGGAGGUCGCCCACUCGCUGGUGCAAGGGAUCUCGUGGCACAAGUUUGCCAAGUACCCUCGGAAUCGGUGGCUCGGUGGCGAGGCCGCCAUUUCGCAGCCGACGCUGAUCGAUGCGUGCCAUGGCCUCUUGAGGCCGACCUUCGAGCACUUCUGCCGCUCCGUGGGCAAGCGCGCCAUGAUCACGGCGGCGUUCUGCUACCAUUCGAAGGCGGUGCUGCCGAAGUUGGGGCGCCUCAUCAGCCUGAUCCUGAUCAGCAGCACUGGGAGGUACGUGUACAUCGGAUCACCUGAAUACGAACGGCACGAGGCGGCUCGCGAGGCGAAGGCGACGGAGGAAGGCGAUGGUCAUGGUCAUGUUGCCAGGAGCUACCCUUUGACGAUUGCUGCAGAAUGUUCUUUGGAAGGGGAGGCUUUGGUUGGCAUCCGCGGCCUCCUGCAUCAGCCCAGCCUGUGGUCUCUCAUCCCAGAGACCGAUUUCAGGGCGAAGUUCGUGGGGUCAGCAUUUCGGGCGCGCAGUCGGGCUGGUGGCCUCGUCCACGCCAGGCUGCAGUUCAUCCACGACAGGUUCCCCUUCAGGCUGUUCUUGUUGGUUAAGAACCCAGAUCUGGCAAAUUCCACGCAGCGAGAGGCUGCGUGUUCCAGGGAUUCUUUCACGCAGGACUUCUGUCAGAAGUACUCCCUCGACGACCCGUGCGCGCGCUACGUUCUGUUACUUUUGGCGCAAAUGGUACGGAUCACGAUCGCAGACAUCGAGUGCAGACACGCAUCUCUGAGGAGGCUCCUGGUCAGGAUCCAGGCGAAGUUCAUCGAGCUUGAGAGUUUGGCUAGCAGGUGGGUUGCCCAGCGGUAUCGGCGCCGCGCCGCGGACAACCGGCACACAGGCUCCCCCUUCAGCUCAGACUUCUUGCGCCGCGCCUCUGCCGAGCAUGCGUCCGACCCAGAUUUGAGCUGCGAGUUGGGGCGUGCUGGGAAAGUGCGAGCACCUGGGCUGUGGAGAGUUUUCGUCGCACUUGAGACUGCUGGGCGGAAGGGGCAGGGGCGCCCAGAUUUUCGGGAGCUAGCUGCUAGGUGCCACUCCAUGUCCGCGGAGGAGCUCGGAUAUUGCCGACGCGUCAGCGAGAGCACGGCAGCCUCGAGAAAACAAUCUGGCAAAUCUUCUAGCAUCGCACCGAGGGUUUCUGAAGUCGAGGUUGCUACGAGGGCCGCCCAGGACCAGGCCUUGAGUCGCAGGAUGCGCGUGUCCAUGGAUUCAGAGGAGCGCCCAUUUCUCAGCGACGAUGUGUUCACUAUGAACCUUUCCCUUGACGACGUCAUGCGCCUUGCUCGUGCACACUGCGUCGCAUUCGAGAAAGAUCGAGCACGCCUCGAGGAGCUGGAGACAUCGGCCUUGCAAGCUUACCACGCGCGGUUCACCGACGCGGAGCGUGAGGCGUUGAUGUCCCCUUCGCUUUCAUCAUCAACUCGCUUCGGUUCCAUGUUCAGGAGGCAGUCCAUGGUCAUGCAGACGUUCCGCUUCGAGCCCGACGUAUCGACAGUGGCCCAUCAGCUCGUCGCCUUUGCGAAGAAGCACGUGGGCUCCACGAAUUUCGGGCGCGCUCUCAGCGAUUGGUGGGUCGGCAAACACGCUGCAGUUCUCCACGACACGUGCCCUGUUAUCACCAACGCCGCCGACAGUUCAUCGCAGUGUUGGAAAGCUGGUGUGUGCUUAUGCUCAGUCGAGGGUGUCCGUCUCAGUGUUUUUGGCCGUGCCAUGGAGGCAGUCAUAAAGACGAACUUCAAGCGAGGGUCUCCGCAGUUCAAGAAGCUUCAGCAGUCUUUGGUGUUCAUCUACCUCCAAGCACAUCGUCUUGGCCAGGACCCCGCCGACCCACCUGUCGAUGAGCAGUUCUGGCACGUCUCAUUCUUGAACAUAUCGCCGUUCGAGCUGACGAUCCAGGACAUGGUUUGGGACGGCAUCUAUCAUGCAGGUGCCGUUGAGUUGCAGUCUGUUGGUGAGUGGUACCACCACUGGGAGGCCUUCCAAGAAUGCAGAGGCUCGGGGGCCCACGUUUGGAGAUGCAGGUUCUACGAGCUGGACAUGAGCAUGAGGCCUACUGGGGGCUUCGAUCUUCGCACUGUUCGGGCACUCCCACUCUUUGGCGGCCAGCUUCACGACGUGACGAAG